UGAGGCCGAGUGGUGGCGGGUGCUCGCUCAUUUGCUCGGUUGCUCACCGUACUCCGGUUGUGGAUGAACGGAACUGCUCUCCUGGCUGGCUGGUUGGCUGGUUUACAAGGCUCUGGGAAUGGGCUAGCUCGUUUCGUCGUGGCACUCGUCGUUCAGUCGCGUUCUACUCAUCGGCGCGUCUCGUACACGGUUUCGCGGUUCGCACAGCUGCCCGUUACCGGUCAACUCGUGGUUUCCGUUCCUCUGUCAUAGUAAACUGACAUCCGCUAAACUGAGUUUCCGGUCGAUCCAGAGUGUUUAAAAAAAAAACGGACGGCCGAAAGCUGUAACCGAUGUUACGUUUUGUGAUUAUGCCCCCAGCGAUCAUCAUUUUCGCCUGCAGUAGAGUGGCGGCCAUUAGUAAUAGUCGAUCAAUACCGUGUAGCGGAUCUUAGAACGUAACGUAUGCGCCCGUGUGUGUGGCUGUGUUUAACGAUCAGCUCCAUUGUGGAAAAAUGGUAAACAUUUGUUUCCAGCAGCCGUGCGUGCUAAAGCGAUCACACGCAUAAUCGAGCAGCCUGUUGUGUAGCUUCAUCAGUUUACUGCCGCGUAAAAAGUGCCAAGAAAGUUAUGAGUAUCGAAGGAGGCCGAGCAUAUGAUGGAGUAUACGACGAGGAAUAGGAGGAAACAUCAGCGGACAACGAUUAUACCAAACAGUGCCAAUGCAAGCGGCGUGCAGCAAUUCCUGUGUAUGAUAAGCGGCUAAACCAAGAGUUGGUGUGUUUGUGUGUGUGUGUGUUUAGUUCGUGGGCGUUUGUCCUGCCAAAUCGCACACAGUCUGCACGCGAAAGUAUCUGAUCUCAAUCAGUUCUCCGUUCACUGUUAGAAGGAACUUUGUGGAAGGUUGCCAAAGAUCAAAGUAUGUACGGUGACGGGCGCUUGAGGCGUAAUCGUAGCUUUGGUGUGUUUGGUGAGACCAAAAGGACAACCAACGCCUGCGCAAUGUUACCAUCCGAGACGUCCGAAAAGUGCUUUCCAUACUCGAUCCUCUCAAAAGCUCAGCAGCAGCAGCAGCAGCAGCAUCAGCAGCGCAUGGGAGUGCGAGUAGGAGAAACAGGACCAAUGAAACCAGCGUUAGCGGGAGGAAUGUUGAGUAGUGGCAGUAGCAGUACCACCUCGUACGAGGUACCAUUGGUCAAUGGCGCUACGGCAGCAGCAGUAGCCGCGGCUGGACCAGGAGCGUUCUAUAGUAACGCGAUGGUAACGGACGUUGGUAUCUGUUUCAGUAUGAGCAACGUAAAUCUAAACGGAACGGAGUAUCAUACACCGGCGACUCUAGUGCCACCAACGGUGGCGAGUGUUGCCAAGGCACAACCGCUGAUACCGCUAGCACCACCGCUUUCUGUUGCACCUUCAAGACGCUCGCCAGAGAGACAUCAUCGCAGGAAAUCUUACGAAGAUCCGGGACCCGGUACGGCCCUGAUGCUGUCAAGGCGUCGAGCGGCCGCCUUCGUUCCCGUAUCGGCCGGUGCCGUGUUUAAACCGAUCGUUCAUCUGCCACAACCGGCACCGCCACCUCCUGCACCACCGAUACUACCGAAACUGCAUACUGCCAUCGAACCGAACGUAGUAGCGCUCGCUUCGGCUCAGAAUCAGCAGCUGUUACAUCAACAGCCCGUCGCUUCGUCUUAUCAUCACGCCUCUUACCCGACGUCGGCAUUGCUCAACCAUGGACGCACCCAACACCACCAUCCAUUGCCACCGGUUCACUAUCCACUGCCAAGACCGCACCGAUCGAUGCUGCCCGUUUCCGUUGCGCCACAUUAUGGUGGCCACCACGCUCGAUCGCCGUCCUGCGAUGCUCUGCCACGAGUGCCCGCUGUCGGGGUUGCUACAGGAGGAGGAGGAGCAGGAGUUUCCCCGCUCAUAUGCGCAGGAGCGACGAGCAGCAGCAGCAGUAGCAGUCGAUCACCGCCACCUUACUGUUACAAACAAUCGAACGGUGGUAGCAGCACAAAAGCGGCUGCCAAUUACGAACCAUAUCCACCACCGCCACUGGUACUGGCGUCGUUACAACGAUCAUCAACGGCGGCACAUCAAAACCAGCUACAACCAGUAGCAGUCCCUGUCACGGCACAGCCGGCCCAACCAUCGUUGACGUACUUUCCGUUGCCAUCGGGUACCGGAACCGGUGCAGCGAUUGCAGGACAACCGAAUGGUGCUGCGAUCGAUGCUUUCGAAUACUACCGUCUAACGGUUGAUGCGGCAACUAGUGACGCAGUGAUGCCUGCCGCGAAGUGUACCAAAACGAUCACCGAUGGUCUAGAUCCGGGUUUACCACCGGUUCGGUACAAUGGCGGCGUGCGUAAGCUCGUGCUCAAGUGUUGCUACGACGAGGUGCGUCAUCUGCCGACGGUAACGGCAUUGGGCUGUCACGGACCACCACAGCAUCCGGUCGCUGCUGAUGGUGGUACACCUUCCACUGGUAUCAGCACCACUAGCCCAGUGGCCAGAAGUACGCCCGGUGAUGCAAGGCGAGCAUCAUCGACAUCCUCCACGAGCUCCUCAUCCUCGGGCGAAUAUGGCCAUCCGGCGAUGGUUGUGAGUCGCUCGUGUCCUGCUUCCCCGAACGCUCCGACACUCGCGCUCGUGACUAAGCCGGAUGAAGUGACUCUGUCCACCUGCUCUUCACCGAUGAUAAACAUCGUCCAAGAGCAGCAGCAGCAACGAAAUGAUGAAGCACCGAUGGAGGUUUGCAACGAUGAUAAUUUUGGUGACCCUGUCGAGAAGGGAGAAGCUGCAAUGGAUAAAAUGGCGGACGAUGAACCGAAGGACUUUAGCAUGAAACCGCUCCAUGCAAAGACUGGCCGUGCGAGCGUCCGGGCGCAAGUGUUAGAGCUGGACCGGAACCGCCGGGAGCUUAAGACGGCUCCGAAAAAGAAAUGGAUACGCCAUUACAUGGAGGGUAAGAGGCGCACUCUAGAUGAACCACUGGUGAACGGGCAUUCCACGGCACCACCGCUCGUUGUCAUCUCGUCGAACGGUGGUGGGUCGCUCAUGGGAGGGGCGGUCUUGCAGAAACAUGGGUCAGUGAACCAUGUGUCCACCGUUGCAACAACUAGCAUUGCUAGCACCACUUCCUCACCCAUGACAAUCGAUCUUUCGACCAAGCAUCAACCGAACAUGGUCUCGUUUCACCAUCAUCACACCGUAGCGCAUCCAUCGGUAGCUCCCUCGACGACACCUCCUUCGUCGGCGCUAUCAUCUUCAUCUUCCACCUCUUCGUCUUCUUCAUCGUCCACGUUGACGGUAUCACCGGUGGACGUAGAUUCUCAGUCGUCCCUCAGCCUAAGCAAUAGUGGCUCCAUCCCCAAUGGCUACGUGACAACGCACAGCAACAACAACAGCAGCAGUAGCAACAGCAGCAGCAACAGCAACAGUGCCAACAUCAACAAUGCCGGCAACCUUAGCAGCCUGGUCGGAACGUUGUCACCCUUGACGGCGACGACGGGUACGGUCGUAACGAAUGGUGUCCCUGCUACGGCGGGAGCCUUACCGAUGGGUUUAAAUGGCGUGGCAGUAGCCGUGGCCACUGCAUCAUCCGUAUCCGGGUCCAACAACACUGUCCCCGGGCACCAUCAUCCCGGAUUACAUCAUUUGCCGAUCGAACUACAGCAGCAAGUGGCGGCUGGUUUGUCAGCGCACGGUUCCCAGACUGCUGGUGCGGCCCUGUUUGCCAAUAUUCCAGCUCGCCGUAGAACGACCAGUUCCAACAGCAAUGGUGUUGGAACACGAGAGGUGCACAACAAGCUGGAGAAGAACCGACGGGCACAUUUGAAGGAGUGCUUUGAGCAGUUGAAGAAGCAGCUUAGCUUGCAACCGGACGAGAAAAAAAUCUCCAACCUCUCCAUUCUGCACGCCGCGAUACGCCACAUACAGGUGUUGAAACGCAAGGAGCGUGAAUUUGAGCACGAAAUGGAGCGGCUGGCGAAGGAGAAGAUUGCGGCACAGAACCGGAUUUUGCUUCUUAAGCGCGAGAUCACCCAAAUGGGAGAUGUCGAUGUGUCCCGGCUGGCACCGGACACGGACAUGAUACCAAAUCCAACGACCAACGGAGGCAGUGCCGGUGUAGUCGCUAGUGGUCUCAAUCUAGUCGGUACAACUGUGCAGUCGGAUCGUGAUCAAUCCAGCGAAACUGUGUUGGUACCCGGGAGGAAUGGUAUUCGCUACAGCUCUAGCAGUUCUCUGUCGAGUAUCGCAACGAAUGCGUCCAUCAGUACACUUCCGCAUCAAACGACAAUCUCGCCAGUCCUGUCCAUAUCUUCUCCGACGCGUGGCAGUCCUGCAUUAAAUCGCAAUUCAACGUCUCCUCCAUCCUCAUCGUCAUCAUCGUCACUGUCGUCGGCAGCCUCCUCACUGUCGGUAUCAUCAGUAUCGGCCGCCAGCCUCAUGGUACCGCUUUCAUUAACCACCAAAGGUGGUAAUGUCCUCGAGGCGCACAACAUUAGCAGCACUGCACCGUCAACGCUCAAGUUCUCCACUGGGCCAUUGAAUGGACUUAAUCUGAGUAAUUCCACCACGGCACUGACGGUGAAUGGGGCUACCGUUAUGAACGGUACGACUGGCAGUACAACCACAGCACAGCUACCAGUCAUUGUUGGUGCUAAUGGAACGCCAAACAUCGUUGGCAUUACGCACUCACAAUUGCUAGCAACGACAGCAGCGGGAGUGAACGGGUCCACCGCCAUCCAGACCAUACCGUUGAACCUGAAUGUUACGUCGACUACCAACGUUUGCAAUGGUAUCAAUGGAAGUGGAGGCCUUCCAGCGGCUGCUAUCAUCUCCAGUGCCACUGGGCUUCACCUAGCUUCGUCAUCGGCUCAAGCGCUGCAAUUGACGACAACGAGCGGUGCCAACAACAGUAGUAGUAAUGGUACCAGCAACAGCAUCGGCACAACUGGCGGUAUCACCGUUAGCAGUGGUAACAGCAUUAAUGGCACCUUCGCAACUGCUAGCGCCAAGAACAGUGCUAGUGUCUAUAGUACUAUGCCCGGUGUUAGCGUCGGAAACCUGAUGGGAAUGACCGGCAAAGAACUGAUCAACGGUACGAUCAAUGGCAAGAACGGUACCGUACGGACUGAUACUAGUAAGCUUGAGAUUAUCGCAACCCAAUCUCCCACCAAUAAUGCAACCGUGGUCGCUGCCAACGGCACCACUGGAGCACUAGACCCACCGGGAACGAAAGUUAUCACCUACGCGCUCACUUCGGUGGACAAGGAUUCGAAAAUGGGCGUAGUCUACAGUCCCAUCCAGUUGCUGACGCAGCAAGGACUGCGUGUUAUACAGCAGUCGCAGAAUGGCCUGGCAACUAUCGAGCUUAGUGCACCGUCGAACGUUGGUAAUCGUUUGCAGUUGCAUUUAACCCACUAGAGAGACUCCACUUCCUUCGUUUGCAAACUGCGUUGCACUGGAUUAUUGUGUUAUUUACCAUCGUCCGUGCCGUUUCGUCAUCGUCACGGUGGCGCAUCCUUGGAUUCGGCCAGCAUCAGAUUGUGCGGUAUACUAGGGCUGUACAAAGCAGUAGAGUUUUUGCGUAAGAUUUUUAACUUGGCAGUUGCGUCCAUCUUUUUUUUUCUUUUACUCUUGUUGACCCAACACAUCCAGCUUAGGAAGGCUACGUAGUAAGCUUGUAAAAGAUUUUGGUACAAACGGGAAGCCUAUGGGCUCCCGAAGACUUCAAAAGCAAACAGACGAAACGAACGAUAGGAUCUUUACUAAUUGCUGGCAAUUAGAUGUAUCACAAUCAGCGUUAGGCCUCCUUCUUCGAUUCGUUUCGAGCCAUGAUAGCAUUUUGGUUACGCUUGGCUAAGGAUAAGUUGAUAACGAUUUUGCAGCAGGCGCACAUCGUAGCAACUCCAAAUGAAAGCUGGCUUUAAAUGCAUAGCGUACAUGGGUUCGCCCCAGGUAAGGUAUAUGUUUUUUUGUUCACGAAAUUGAUGAAGUCAUACGGAGCAGCAUACUUUUACAACAGGACAACACACAACCAUUCUACAAUUACCAGACAUUCACGUUGAGUGACAAUCAAACAAACAGUAUGGUACAGUUUCGUGUGCUGCUCGUUGCGUGAUCCACAUGCUUCCUGCAGAGCACGGGCAACCGCGAACCCGGUUCAUGGUUCUUCAAUAAUAACUUUCGAGCAACGUGCUGGCUCGAGAGGAGGCGUUCCUUACCCGCAAACUAUUACAAUAUCUCGUAACGAAAACAGGAAAACAGAAUGCGCUUUUUUGUAAGCGUUUGGAAUGCGCUCACUGGAAAGAACUGCGAGGAAAACAGUUCUUCCAACAUUACACAAAGUGCGCAAUGAGAAAUUCAAUGACCAAUGAUUCACACGACCCGGCUGGGUUCCGUGACCCGACAGAGUGGUUACGAGACGAUAAGAGCCAGAACCGAGCAUGUUGGGCGUGUGAACUAUAUACCGAAUCGGUUUCGAUACGAUCCUCUUUUGCUUUCCCAUUACUUUUUCUUAACUAACGUUAUUGUUUUCUUCAGCCAAUCGCAAUGCAAAAUUAAAUAAAGCAACGCAAUAAAGGCUGUGGAAAACAUUAAAUAAGAGUUGAGAUAAGUGGUUAAGGGAGCAACAGAGGAUCUAAUGAAAAGGUAAAUAAAGUUUACAGAAGAAACAGGACAAAAAUGUUCAACUACAACUCAAGGGGAUAUUGGAAAAUAACAUAAACGUAACAAUGGAACAUAGUACAGUACACAUAAACAGGCAAAGAAAACAAAAUACGGCUCACAACCCUGUAGUGUAUAAUGUGAACAACCUGUAGCGAAUAGUCAUGGGUGUUGUGGAGCUUUGUAGGUUUGCCAAUAUGAAACUAUUCAUUACCAUCCGCACUAUCACCACCAAAAACCGUUUGAACCGCAUAUGAACCGUUUGACUACGAGAUUGCAGUACUAUUGCACUGCACUACUGAUGCUACCCUACUACUAUUACUACACUACUACCAAUACUACUACUACGGUUACUAAUCGCGCGAAUAUCUUCGUAUGUCGGUGUGUUUUAUGUGUGUGCAUAUGUGUGUGUGUGUGAGUGUGUGUUUGCUGAAUGUGUUGUUGUCUUCAGAGUAGUUAGUGGCUAGCCUCUGUGAUGGAGAAUCGAAGCGGCAAAUAGCGCACUGCACUACAGUAAUCGACAACGAAGCUACGCAUAGAGACAUGUACAACAUUGAAGCAAACUGACGAACCGAUGUGAAAUAACUAAAUGCGAAGAGAACUGCUAGGGGUAGCACUUAUCUAAAGUUAACCCGUAGUGUGUGUAGUUCAUAGCCGCAGUCCGGCAGCGUGUAAGGUUGUAGUAAACGCUCCCCGUAGUGCAUUGUACACUGGGUCGUGACUUACGUGUUGUCACUCUGUGCUGUUUGAACUCGUUGGUUUUUUUUUAUUCUGCAUCAUAAUUUUGUUUCUUUAAAUUUGCAUUUGCAUUUGGAUCAUUAUCAUCUUGGUCGUGCACGAGGAUUGCGA